CUAAAGAUGAAAAGAAGCUCUCUGAUCACUGGCGAUGCUCUCUUCGCAAUCCGAGGACAGGGGAGGAAACGAUGCUCUCUUCACAAUCCGAAGACGAGAACCCAUUAUUGUUGGAGUCGAUUCCUCUUCUGGGUUCGUCUUCAAUCGAAAGAGAAAGAAGAGUUAGUACCUUCAAUGCUACAGACCGACGGCGAGGACGAGUCACGGCUGGGCACUGGCGAUGCUGGAGACCGACGGCGAGGAUGAGUCAUGUCUGGGCACUGGCGAUGGUGGAGACCGACGGCAAGGACGAGGCGCGAUUGGCUAUGAUGGAGACCGACGGCGCGCGAUUAUGGAGACUGGCGGAGAGGACGCUGCAGCCGGCGACGAAGCCCCCUGCUGGAGGCGGUCGACUGUUGGAGACGGCUGGAGCGAUCGACUGUUGGAGAGAAGGGAGAGAGGUGACGAAGGAGAGAGGCGGUCGACUGUGGGUGCUACUCAGCUGAUCGAAGAACCCAUUAGGGUUUUCCCCUAUUCGGCCCAUCCAAAACGCACAACAUGGUCUUCUUCUUUUUUUUAUUUUUUCUGGGCGUCGCCUAGAGCUUGGAAUCGCCGAUCCAAGCUAUUAUUCGCCGCCUAGGCGUUCUUCAACGCGAUUACGCGUUUAUUGCGCCCA